UUUACCCCUAAUGUUCUAAAAUCUUUCCAUAAGAUGGGGAAAAUGGGAAAAGUUUGUGAGCUAGCAACAUUCAUGCGAAGAGAGACGCGGGCCGUUUUUAAGUUUUUGGACACAAUGCACUGCCUGCAAUAAUGGGUGAAUUGUGCAGAAGAAAAUUAUUGUUUUUAUUAUCGCAAUACGGGAAUCUACAAAAUACAGAACAAUAUAUGUGAUUACAUCGCACAAGGGCAUAGUCGGGAUUGUGUUAUGGGGGUUUGCGAAAAAGCUUACCAGACUUUAAUGAGAUCAAGGCACUUAUUUUGUAAUCUCGGAAGACACUGUCAUAAUUAUAUGUCAUUUUUUGAGAUACACGUUGAUUGUCUUUUUCGAAAUGACAUUAAAGUGACUGAAAUCGUCUUUUAAUUGAAAGGAAUCAAAAAUUUAUUUAUUCAUUGAUCUUAUAUAUUACAUUAAAUUGUCUUUAUAAUCUUCGUAUUUUUAAAAUGAGCCACACGAGUAUUGAAUAUGGCUCCGAAGAGGAGAUAGUAAUGUGUCAUAUAAAAGCGGUAUCCGUGCCAAUAGUGCAACUACAGAAACCUUCGGGGGCCACACUCAAAGAGCAGAUAUCCGCACCCUCGUAUUUUCACUCACUGAAAGAGAACGAAGCACCUCCUUUCAAAAAGCCAGGAAAGGAGGAGAAACCCCGUCUCUUAUUAGACUCCUUGAUAGAAGAGGACGAUGUGGUGAAAAUGAUCGCUGCUUUGGACAAAGAAAACGAUUAUAUUGGAUUUAAGAAACAGCUAGCUGAAAUCCUUGUGAGAAAGAACAUAGUGGCGAAUUAUCAUUUAUCUGAAAAACAUUUCCUCAUUAUUCUUCUCAUGGAAACCAUUGGCUAUGCUGCGAUGAGGGAAUUUAAUAAAUUCAAACUGGCUUGCCUGCUGUCUAUAUAUUUAUGUGCCCACUUACACUUUAAGUGGUACUAUUGGAUAUCGCCCACAGCUCUCUGGCACUACUUUAAACGUCUCAUGAUAAAACAUACAAUCGAGGAUUCACUAGAUGGCCAAGAGGUAUUUGAACCUGAAGAGUGCUAUGACAUAUUGUCACACUUUCAUACAAAUUACAUUAAGAACUUACCGCUUGUGCAUAUCCUUACGUUUGGUGUACAUCGACUUAAGCUAUCAUGGCCAUUUAAAAAUAAAUAAUUGAGCUACCAAUAUAUUUAAGGCUACCAACAUCAAAUUAGGAAAGGGGAACCUGUAGA